AUGCUGUCGCGGAACUCUGCCAGAGCUGCUCAGCGCCUGGCGCGGGCAGCGUCUCGCCAACAACCACACCUCCAGAAUGCCUCCCGAUCCUUUGCGACCGUCCAGUCCGACAUGUUCAAGCCUACCAAGUAUGGCAGCAAGUACACCGUGACCCUCAUCCCCGGUGACGGUAUUGGUGCCGAGGUCGCCGAGAGCGUCAAGACUAUCUUCAAGGCCGACCUGGUGCCCGUUAACUGGGAACAGGUCGACGCCUCCGGUGUCGACAGUGGCGUCCCUGGCAGCACCGAGGAGAUGUUCCGGGAGUCGGUUGCGUCUCUCAAGAGAAACAAGCUCGGAUUGAAGGGUAUUCUGCACACCCCCAUCAGCAGAUCAGGGCACCAGAGCUUCAACGUCGCCAUGCGACAGGAGCUCGACAUUUACGCCUCCAUCUGCCUGAUCAAGAACAUCCCCGGCUACGAGACCCGCCACAAGAAUGUCGACCUGUGCAUCAUCCGAGAGAACACCGAGGGUGAAUACAGUGGCCUCGAGCACCAGAGCGUACCGGGCGUCGUCGAGUCUCUCAAGAUCAUCACGCGCGCCAAGUCGGAGCGCAUUGCCAAGUUUGCCUUCUCGUUCGCGCUGGCCAACAACCGUAAGAAGGUUACCUGUAUCCACAAGGCGAACAUCAUGAAGCUGGCUGACGGCCUCUUCCGAAACACCUUCCACGCCACUGCCGCCGACUACCCCACCCUGAAGACUGACGACAUGAUCGUGGACAACGCCAGUAUGCAAUGUGUCUCGAGACCCCAGCAAUUCGAUGUCAUGGUCAUGCCCAACUUGUACGGCGGCAUUCUGUCCAACAUUGGUGCUGCCCUGGUCGGCGGCCCCGGUCUGGUUCCCGGCUGCAACAUGGGUCGUGACGUUGCCGUGUUCGAGCCUGGCUGCCGACACGUCGGCCUUGACAUCAAGGGCAAGGAUCAGGCCAACCCUACAGCGCUCCUCCUCUCUGGUACCAUGCUGCUUCGCCACCUUGGCCUGGAUGACCACGCCAACCGCAUCUCCCAGGCUGUCUACUCUGUCAUUGCUGAUGGUAAGGCUCGCACACGCGAUAUGGGUGGCAACUCGACGACGCACGAAUUCACGCGCGCCAUCUUGGACAAGAUGGAGACCCUGUAA